AGGUGUGUGUAGCUGUGUUUGCUGAACUCUUUAACCGGAAACGUCACGGUACAAUCAGAUAAAUAAGGUGAUUACAACUCACUGAUCACCUGUGGUUUGUCAUAAAGGCUGGAUCUCCAUCCUGCUGUCAGUCCAAGAAACUCCUUCAACAUUUCACCAGCCUCCAUCUGAGAGAAGUUUUGAUCGUGAUCAUGGCUGUGACCAACCAACCAGGCGGAUAUGCACCGUCCGAUUUUCAGACUGGUCUCUGUGAUUUCUGCGAUGACUGUGGAACCUGCUGCUAUGGGUGUUUUUGCUACCCGUGUCUUGGCUGCACCAUCGCCAGCAACAUGGAUGAAUGUUGCCUUUGUGGUCUUGGCAUGCCCAUCCGCAGUGUCUACAGAACCAGAUACAACAUCAAAGGUUCUUUGUGUAAUGACUUCAUGGUGACUAACUGCUGCCCGGUGUGUGCCACCUGCCAACUGAAGAGAGACAUCGACCGCCGAAAGGAGCAGGGCAUUUUCUAAAAGGAUGCUGUCAUGACAUCAGAGAUGUAAAUCUGCUGCAGCUGACAACGAGCCCACCUUUAUCCUGACACAGAAUUGUUUUUGAUGAUGUUUGUUGUGAUGUUCACCUUUUCUAAAAGGAUCUGAUUGUUGUUUUCUGAGCUCCUUUCUGAGGAAAGACAGACGGCUGUUCUUCGCUCAGGCAGCUGAUGUGGUGAUUUAUAGCUGCUGUCUGAAGCCUGACUGCACCAGCACUGUUCUGAGCUGAACUCUGCUCUGUUCAGAAAUGUUCUCGUUCCAAACGUUUUCAUGUACUGAAUCUUGUCUGUAACACACUGUGACUUUUAAACAGAAAUCAAAAAUAUACUUGAAUCAUCAUCUUACAUCAAAGGCUUUUAAUAAACAUUUUAAUGUGGAACAGAAA